CUCUCGUUUUGUGUAUAUAUAAAGCGGUACUGCAAAGGAAGGAAUCAAUUGAGAAAUAACAAAGUUACUUGGAUAGAUACUUAGAGUUACAGCAAAACUUUUACAUACAGAAGAGCCGGAAAGAAAACCAUUGUUAUUGUGAUUAUUAAACGUAGACAACAGUGAAACAAAAAUGAAAGGAAAAGGUCCAGCAAUUGGAAUUGAUCUUGGAACAACUUAUUCUUGUGUUGGUGUUUUCCAACAUGGAAAAGUAGACAUUAUUGCCAACGACCAGGGGAACAGAACAACUCCAAGUUAUGUGGCUUUCACGGAUACUGAAAGACUUGUUGGUGAUGCAGCUAAAAACCAAGUAGCAAUGAACCCUAAAAAUACAAUUUUCGAUGCCAAGAGACUGAUAGGCAGAAACUUUAGUGAUUCAACAGUUCAGUCAGAUAUGAAACACUGGCCAUUCAAAGUCAUCAACAAUGGAGGGAAACCAAAACUACAAUCUGAAUACAAAGGAGAAACAAAAACAUUUACCCCAGAAGAAAUAAGUUCAAUGAUUUUGGUAAAAAUGAAAGAAACUGCUGAAGCAUAUCUUGGAAAGAAAGUUACAGAUGCCGUCAUCACAGUACCUGCAUACUUUAAUGAUUCUCAAAGAUUAGCAACAAAAGAUGCAGGCAUUAUUGCAGGACUUAACGUUAUGAGGAUAAUAAACGAACCAACGGCUGCUGCUUUAGCUUAUGGUCUUGAGAAGAAUUUAUCAGGCGAGAAAAACGUUUUGAUAUUUGAUUUAGGAGGAGGAACAUUUGACGUUUCAAUUCUUACGAUAGACGAGGGUUCAUUGUUCGAAGUUCGCUCCACAGCAGGAGAUACUCACCUUGGAGGCGAAGACUUUGACAACAGAAUGGUCAAUCAUUUUGUAAAUGAAUUCAAGAGAAAGUGUGGAAAGGACAUUACUGGGAAUAAUCGUGCAAUCAGAAGACUGAGAACUGCAUGCGAGAGAGCAAAGAGAACCUUAUCAAGCAGCACAGAGGCAAGUGUGGAAAUUGAUUCAUUAUUUGAGGGUAUUGACUUUUACACAAAGGUAACCAGAGCACGAUUUGAAGAACUGUGCUCAGAUUUGUUCAGAACAACACUUGAACCAGUUGAAAAAGCUUUAAGAGACGCUAAACUCGAUAAAAGUAGUAUUCAAGAGAUUGUACUUGUCGGAGGUUCAACAAGAAUACCAAAAAUACAGAAAAUGCUGUCAGAAUUUAUGAAUGGAAAAGAACUGAACAAAUCUGUUAACCCAGACGAAGCUGUGGCCUAUGGGGCAGCCGUACAAGCAGCUAUCCUGUCAGGCGAUCGUAGCGACACCAUCAAAGAUGUACUUUUAGUAGACGUAGCUCCACUGUCCCUUGGUAUUGAAACAGCAGGUGGCGUUAUGGCAAAAGUGAUUGACAGGAAUACAAAGAUCCCUACAAAGGCCUCACAGACAUUUUCAACGUAUUCAGACAACCAACCAGCAGUUAGUAUUCAGGUUUUUGAAGGUGAAAGAGCAAUGACCAAAGACAAUAAUCAUCUAGGAAAAUUCGAUCUAACAGGUAUUCCACCAGCUCCCCGCGGUGUGCCUCAGAUUGAAGUAGAAUUUGAUAUUGAUGCAAAUGGACUUUUGAAUGUAUCAGCUCAAGACAAAAGCACAGGAAAUUCAAAGAAAAUAACAAUCACAAACGACAGAGGAAGGCUCAGUAAAGAGGACAUAGAUCGUAUGGUUUCUGAUGCUGAGAAAUAUAAAGAUGAAGAUGAAAAACAAAAGCAGCGUAUCACAGCAAGAAAUCAACUAGAAAACUAUAUAUUCAGUGUUAAACAAUCUAUAGGAGACUCGGGUGAUAAACUGUCAACACAGGACAAAGACGAUGUAUCCAACGCUUGUGAAGAAUUGCUUAAAUGGUUGGAUCAUAAUUCUCUGGCAGAGAAAGAGGAAUAUGAGGACAAAAUGAAAGAACUCCAGAAAAUAUGUACCCCAGUUAUGACAAAACUUCAUGGCGGUGCUCAAAACGAACCAAGCGGACAAAAUAAAAGUCAGAAUACUGCCGGUGGGCCUACUGUGGAAGAAGUUGAUUAAAUAGUAGAAACAAUUUGAUGAAUUCUUAUUUUUUUUAUACUUUUAUAUUCUGUUUGCUACCUCACUUUUUAUCAAUUGUUUUAAUGAUUGUUGUUGAAUCAUAUAAGUUCAGUUAAGAAUUUGUUAUGAUAAUAAAUUGUUAAACGUA